UAUGGCCUCCAUUGUUCCUUAUCUCUUCUUCUAUCCUAGUCCCCUCCUGUUUCCUCCAUUAGACCUCCCACCAAUUUUCUCCACUUUCUUCCAUAUUCUCUCCCUUUUCUAAAUUCCAACAAAAAUCAAAAACCCCAAUUUAACACCCCCCCCUUGUUUUUUCUUUUCCAUGACCAAAUUCUAGCAAAAAAAAUGAAGAGAGAUCAUCAAGAAAUUUCUGGGAGUGGUUCAAAACCAGCUGAGAGUUCAUCCAUUAAAGGGAAAUUAUGGGAAGAAGAUCCAGAUGCUGGUGGCAUGGACGACGAGUUAUUAGCUGUUUUGGGUUACAAAGUUCGGUCAUCAGAUAUGGCGGAUGUAGCUCAAAAAUUGGAAAUGCUGGAGAAAGUUAUGGGUACUGCUCAAGAAGAUGGGAUUUCACAGCUUGGUGAUACUGUUCAUUUUAAUCCUUCAGAUCUAUCCGGUUGGGUUCAAAAUUUGUUGAUCGAGUUCAACGGUCCAACAACAACCCCAGAUCCCAAUUUCAACGAUGAUUCUGAGUACGAUCUUAGAGCAAUACCAGGGGUCGCCGCUUACCCACCGGUGAAAUCGGAUCCGGGUCUAGAAAAUACCCGGAAACGAGCUAAAACUGAGUCCUCCUCAUCAUCAUCUUCAACAACUACUCGUCCUGUUGUGUUGAUUGACUCACAAGAAACUGGGGUUCGACUCGUUCAUACAUUAAUGGCUUGUGCUGAAGCUGUUCAACAAGAUAAUCUUAAACUAGCUGAUGCAUUAGUGAAACAUAUUGGGUUACUUGCUUCAUCACAAACUGGUGCUAUGAGAAAAGUUGCUACUUAUUUUGCUGAAGCUUUAGCUCGAAGAAUUUAUAGAAUUUUCCCACCAGAUUCACUUGAUCCAUCAUAUAAUGAUAAGUUACAAAUUCCCUUCUAUGAAACUUGUCCUUAUUUGAAAUUUGCUCAUUUUACAGCCAAUCAAGCCAUAUUGGAAGCUUUUUCAAUGGCUAGUAGAGUUCAUGUUAUUGAUUUUGGGCUAAAACAAGGUAUGCAAUGGCCAGCUUUAAUGCAAGCACUUGCAUUAAGACACGGUGGACCACCGGCGUUUCGAUUGACCGGAAUUGGACCGCCUCAACCGGAUAAUACUGAUGCGUUGCAACAAGUGGGGUGGAAGCUAGCUCAAUUGGCCGAACGCAUCGGGAUCGAAUUCGAGUUUCGGGGAUUCGUGGCUAAUAGUUUAGCCGAUCUCGAACCCGAAAUGCUCGAUAUUCGUCCUCCCGAGAUUGAAGUAGUAGCGGUGAACGCUGUUUUCGAGCUUCAUCCCUUGUUAGCUCGACCGGGUGGGAUCGAAAAAGUUGUUUCCUCUAUUAAAGCGAUGAAACCCAAGAUUGUCACGGUUGUUGAACAAGAAGCGAAUCACAACGGUCCGGUUUUCUUAGACCGUUUUACUGAAGCUCUCCAUUAUUAUUCUACCCUUUUCGACUCGUUGGAAGGUUCAGGGGUGGCGCCACCGAGUCAAGACCUGGCUAUGUCCGAGUUAUACUUAGGAAGACAGAUUUGUAACGUGGUUGCUUGUGAAGGGAUGGACCGAGUUGAACGACACGAGCCAUUGACUCAGUGGAGAACUCGGAUGGAAACGGCCGGGUUUAGCCCUGUUCAUUUGGGUUCCAAUGCUUAUAAACAAGCUAGUAUGUUGUUGGCCCUCUUCGCCAGCGGCGAUGGGUAUAGAGUGGAGGAGAAUAAUGGGUGUUUAAUGCUUGGGUGGCAUACAAGGCCACUUAUCGCCACCUCGGCUUGGCGACUCGCUGGUACUGAGUCAGGUAGUGAGUUAACUCAGGAGCUGAGUUGAGAAAAAGUAAAAAACCUGUUGAAAAGAAUAAGUGGGGUCUAUCUUUUAACUGAGUUGCAGAAUGUACGAGUGAAUGAAAAAAAUGAGGGUAAAUUAAAAACCAGUCCAAGUGUGUAAUUCUAGUUUUUCUUUUUCUUUUUCUAUUUUUUUUUUCCCACUUUUUAGUAUUGUUUUUAGUUUCUUUUAGGGUAGAUUUUUUUUUAAUGGGGAGCCUUUGUAAUUUUCAAGGUUGGAUCUAAUGUGAAGGCAUAUCUUUUUAUUACUAA